GCCACCAUCAUGAUUAUCUACUGGGACCUCAUCAGCCAUGAUGAGACAUUCUUCAACAUCUACAAGAUCCGGGAGAUCACAGACAGGCUGUGGCUGGAGGUGGAGGAGAAGAUGGUAUGUAGGACAGAGGACAACACUGAUGACUCACACCUUUGUGGAAAUGCCUCCACUGAAGGCCCCAAGGGGGAAGAUACUGAAAACACGGUUGUCACUGCUGUUGAUAUUGUCAUGAACCAUCAUUUGCAGGAAGUGAGCUUUGCAAAAGGAUCCUACAAGAAGUACAUCAAAGAUUACAUGAAAUCAAUCAAAGGAAAACUUGAAGCACAGAGAUUAGAAAGAGUAAAACAUUGCAUGAGAGGGGCUGCAGAACAACUCAAGCACAUGUUUGCUAAUUUCAAAAGCUACUCGUUCUUUAUUGGUGAAAACAUGAAUCCAAAUGGCAUGGUUGCUCUGUUGGACUACUAUAAGGAUGGUGUGACCCCAUAUAUGAUUUUCUUUAAAGAUGGUUUAGAAUUGGAAAAAUGUUAA